GUUCUCUCACUCGCAAGUCUGCCGCAAACUUUCCUCUUCCUCGCGAGAACGGCGUCGGGCGCCUCGUAAAGAGUGUCGUUCUCUCGUGUUUUUCUGCGGACCCGUUCCCGUUCCGUCUGCGCGUCCGCCGCGAAGCAAAGCGGAUCGUCCAGGCACCGGUAAGUGGUAAACGAGCCAGCAGCAGCAGCAGCCGCAGCCGCAGCAACGUGAUUAAAUUCCCUCGACCCGUCCCCGACAACUUCACAUGCACCAAUAUGAGUGACUACUCAGCGGUCGCGCCUCCUCAAAACUUCACCCAGAGCACCGCCUUCGCGGCGGCACUUCAACGUGCCAAGCAGAUUGCCGCGAAGAUAAAUCCAGGUGGCACACAAAACAAUCAAGAUUCCAAAUUAAAACGUCCUCUUGAAGAUAGUUCAGAGCCAGAAGCAAAAAAAAUGGCUUCGUUAGUAGCAGAUCCUUUAAUAGGCAUUCGCGGAGGACCAGCAGGCAAUUCCCUUGGAGAUUCAGGUGGUCAAGGACCCAGACCGCCAGUCUCUUCCAAUUUAGGUGGUAUAUGCAAUGAAGAUAUCAGAGUUCCAGACAAAAUGGUUGGUUUAAUAAUUGGCAGAGGUGGAGAACAGAUAACAAGAUUGCAAAGCGAAACAGGAUGUAAGAUUCAAAUGGCACCGGAAGGUGGGCUGCCUGAGCGUGUUUGCACGCUAACUGGUUCACGAGAAGCUGUCAAUCGUGCAAAGGAGCUUGUAUUAUCGAUAGUGAAUCAAAGAAGCAGAAGUGAGGGAAUCGGUGAUAUGAAUAUGAGUGGUAACGGCGGCGGUGGCGGCGGCGGCGGCGGCGGCGGUGGCGGUGGCGGUGGCGGUGGCGGUAUAAUCGGACAUCCAGGAUUCGUUGAGAUAAUGAUUCCAGGUCCUAAAGUAGGUCUGAUAAUUGGCAAAGGAGGAGAAACCAUAAAACAAUUGCAAGAGAAGUCUGGAGCUAAAAUGGUUGUUAUUCAGGAAGGGCCGUCUCAGGAACAAGAAAAGCCUUUAAGAAUAACAGGAGAUCCUCAAAAAGUUGAAUAUGCGAAGCAAUUAGUCUAUGAAUUAAUAGCUGAAAAAGAAAUACAAAUGUUUCAUAGAGGAGGGAGAGGUGGUACCGAUAGAACGGGAAAUUAUCCUAAUGAGAGUGGUUUCAAUCACGGUCCUGCAAAUAGUGAUGGAGUAGAGGUACUCGUUCCAAGAGCUGCAGUUGGGGUCGUUAUUGGUAAAGGCGGAGAUAUGAUAAAAAAGAUACAAGCAGAGAGCGGAGCUAAAGUUCAAUUCCAACAAGGAAGAGAAGAUGGCCCUGGCGAUAGAAAGUGCCUAUUGUCAGGGAAGCAUCAAGCCGUUGAACAAGCUCGUCAACGAAUUCAGGAAUUGAUCGAUAGCGUCAUGAGGAGAGAUGAUGGUAGAAGUAACAUGGGAGGUAGAGGUGGCCCGAGGGGUAACGGCUUCGGCGGCAAUCGUAAUCCAAACGAGUAUGGAAGCUGGGAUAGACGACAAGGCGGUCCUAUGCAAGAUAAAAUUGAAACAACGUUUACCGUUCCUUCUUCCAAAUGCGGCAUCAUAAUUGGCAAAGGUGGUGAGACUAUCAAACAGAUCAAUCAACAGACAGGAGCGCACUGCGAAUUAGAUAGAAGAAAUCAAAGUAAUGAGAACGAAAAGAUUUUCAUUAUUCGAGGAAAUCCUGAACAAGUCGAGCACGCAAAGAGAAUAUUUAGCGAAAAGCUGGGCAUGGGUCCAGCUGGUUCUUCAUACGCUGGCGCACAAGGUGCAGUCGGAUAUAAUCCGAACUGGAAUACAGGGUAUCAAGCAUGGCCAAACCAACCACAAUCCAACGACGGAAGCAAUGCUAACCAAGCUCCUGUACAAGUCAAUCCACAGACUGGUCAGCCAGACUAUAGCGCUCAAUGGGCGGAGUAUUAUCGGUCAUUAGGCAUGCACAGAGAAGCGGACAUGAUCGAGCAGCAAGCGAAGCAGGGAAAGCAAGAACACAAUCAGCCAGGAGGUAAUUCACAAAACCAGUCUAAUCCAGCGACACCGGGUUCUGGUGGGCCAAAUCAACAGCAGCAACAACCGACGCAGCAGCAGCAGCAGCAGCAAGCAGGCGCCGCACAAAAUGGUGGUCAAGCCGAUUAUAGCGUGCAAUGGGCAGAGUAUUACAGAAGCAUCGGUAAAAUAAAAGAAGCGGAAGCGAUAGAAGCUCAAAUGAAGGCGGGCAAGCUCGGAAUGCAAGGGAACCAAAUGGCUCAGCAACAAAUGCAGACCAUUCAGGGACAAUCGGCUGGUCCACCAGGUACCACGCCUAACGCAUUCCCUCAAGCUUACGGAAGUUAUCCAACGAUGAACGCUGGCUCCGCACCUGCUGGUUAUUAUGCAGCAAAUGCUGGAUCUAAUUCGCAACCACAGACGGGACAGCAGAACCCUUCUUUCCCAACAGGGUAUCAGAAUUACCCUUACACACAGUCCACUUCUGAGAAUUAAACUUCCAUUUUUGAGAGAAAAGCAAGCUAUAGUUUUCAGAUAGCUUUCCAUCGGGAUGCGGUUAAUACCUGCUAUAUAUCUCCAUAUAACUUUUAUCAUAAAUAGUUGAAUGCUUCAUAAUCUUCAUAUAUCUUUGAGAAUGUCAUGAGAAUCGAUUAUAUUCUGUUUAUACUAUAAAACGUUUUGUGUUUUUUUUUAUAUAUACACGUAUACAAAUACUAUAGGCUAUCCAAUCGUUCUAAGUUUAAGUAACAAAAAAAAGUAUCGAGCAAGAGAAGUUUGAUUGAAAUUAAUAUUAUAACAUAGUAUCAAUAUGAUGUCUGUGUUCUACUUAUAAUAUUGUAUGUAUUUUUGUUCCAUAACAUGUAUUAUUGUAAUAUAAGUUGAAGCUGGCAGGUGAAGCAGCGGGUCAGAAAGUGGAACGAGGGAUCGACAUCUGUACCAUUUUAUUGCCAUCCUCUCUCUCUCUCUCUCUCUCUCUCUCUCUUUCUCUCUCUCUCUCUCUCUUUCAUUAAACUUGUUAAACUAUAUCCUUAUACAUGCGUUGUUAUGAACGAUAUAUUAGUAUAUUUACUAUAUUAGAUAAUUAUAUAUGAUAAGACACUUAUUUACUUGAAACACUCGUGUUUUAUUAUAACUAUAAAACUCUUGACUAUACGAAAUGCUAUAAUUGAUACAGCUGCCAUGUGUUUUUAUUAUCCAUGAAAGUUCUAUGUAUACGAAAGAGCUACAUAAUAUGACAUUUAUAUAUGCAUAUGUCCUAUUGCACUUGUGUUAAAUACAAUGUUACUUUGGUUUUU